CCGCACCGUACGGGAUGAAACUGAGCAAGGUUAAGGCCAUCCUGGGCCGAGUGAAGGAAAUCUUUCUGGAUUUUUCGUCGAAAACUUCCAUUCACGGUGUGAAGUAUUUCGGCUGCCCAGAUCGAAGCUGGUGCGAAAAAUGCUGGUGGAUCACGGUGUUUGCCCUUUCGGUGUGCAGUUGUGCCUUUUUGAUACGGAAACUCUACGACAAGUGGGAUCAAACUCCGGUGAUUGUCAGCUUUGACGAAAAGUUUACUCCCGUUUGGCAGAUUCCGUUUCCGGCGGUGACCAUUUGUCCGGAAGCGAAGACGCCAAUUUCGGUGCUGAAUUUUACCAGGGAAUUUCGACGGUUUGUGGAAAAUUCGUCAAGACGAAAUCGUCAUGAGAGAGAUGAUGCCCUGCUGGCAAUGAUGCAGCUUUGUGACCGUACAAAUAUCUACAGCUUGGUCUCCACGACGUCCACCAUUCCAAACAAAACGACCGAGGAAAGCUACGCCUCUUUGAUCCGGUCAUUGAACAUCCCUCGAACCGAUUUGCUGGAUGAUUGCAUCUUUCUCAGUGAACGAUUCAACUGCUCCGAGCUGUUCUCGUACACACUCACUGAGGAAGGCGUUUGUCUCACAUUCAAUAUCCUAUCGGCAAAGGACAUGCUUCGUACGGAAGUGCUUCAAACAAGCGACCCCUACCUUACCGAAGAGUCCGAAGCUCCCUACUGGUCCCUGGAGCUGGGUUACUCACCGCAAGCGAACAUCACUUCCUAUCCUCGUCGAACACUAGGACCUGGAUACUCCGCAGGUCUCUCCCUCUUCCUACGCUCGGACCUCACGAAUCACGACUAUCUUUGCCGAGGGCCCAUCCACGGUUUCAAGGUCCUACUUCAUUCCUCCAGCGAGUAUCCCCUGGUAACAAACAAAUUCAUCCGCAUCCCCAUGAACCACGAAGUGACGAUCGCCGUCAAGCCGGAAAAGAUUGCCACAACCGAUGGGCUGCAAAGCUACAGCCCCGAGCGACGCCAGUGUUUCUUCAACAGCGAACGAUACCUGCAGUUCUUCCGUGUUUACAACCAGGAAAACUGCGAACUCGAGUGCCUCACCAAUUUUACCCUGCACCGAUGUGGAUGCGUCAAGUUCUCAAUGCCCCGAACCAACGUCACUCCGGAGUGCGAGAUCAAUCGAUUCUGGUGCAUGUGGAAUGCGGAGAUUGAACUGCUGGAGAUGGGACCCACUUUUCACAAGUUUGAAGAGGUCAGUUUCCGUGCGAGGUGCAAUUGUCUACCGGCGUGUACAUCGGUACAGUACGAUACCGAGAUUACGCAGGCAAACUUUGACUGGAUGAAGUGGGCACGAACGAUGAAUGUCUCUUCGGCGGCUGUGAAUGGGAUGGAGAUUUCCCGUCUGGGGAUCUACUACAAGGAAUCGCAAUUUAUGACUUCGAAGCGAAGCGAGCUGUAUGGGCUGACGGACUUCCUGGCGAACUGUGGUGGCUUGCUGGGGCUGUGCAUGGGUAUGAGUCUGUUGAGCUUGGUGGAGCUGUUUUACUUUUGUCUGAUAAGGCCGUUUGCUUUAUGGCACCACCAACAGCAGCAGCAGCAGCAGCAGCAGCAACAGCAACAACAAGAAAAGCCAGUACAUUUAGAGAAUGGGGAAACCCGGACUUCGAUUGAUUUGCAAAACAUUCAACGCAAAAGUGAUUGA